AAUAUUCUUGUUGAGGUUCUGUGGGCUGUUUCAUUGAUCUGAUGGUGGUUUCUUCGGCGGACUGGGAGAUAUAUAUGCCGCUGAUCUUUGUUUUUGUUUAUUUGAUGUUGCGGAUUUUGAUGUCGCUUUGUUUAUUGCUAUUGCAUGAAUUAUUUUCUGUAUCAAUGAGAGGGAAAUGUGCAUUUUCCAUUGAACUGGGGUCGUUGGAAACACUUUGUUUGUUUGGAUUGGAUAAGAACUCAACCAGUAAUAGCAAAAAAUAGGAGUUUAAUCAGAUUUCUAGCUUGUAUUUUAGAAUGUUUGGGAUCCACUUUUUAGUUUUUCUAGAGGAGGAUCAUUGCUGGUUGGCCAACUGGUACGGGACUUGAACCCGUGACCUAUCUUUCACAUGAACAGGACGAGAUCGGUGGGUCACUCUGAUAUUUAGAGUUCAAAAGGACUGUGUCAUUUUAGUGACAUUUAGGAAAAGUAGAGUCUCAAGAAGAGUGAGGAAGAAGUUUUAUGAUUUAUGAUUUUCCACGGUUUCUUAUUAAUAAUUUUUCGGCCUACCUUCAUGAUGCUUGUCUGGAGAGUCGACUGUUUAAAUUUCUGAUCUCCUCGAAGAUAGGCUGGAAAUGAGAAGGAAUAUGGGGUGUUUAUCUGUAUUGGUAGCUAGCUGCAAGUUGCUUAGCAUAAGGGAGACGGCAAGUGGAAAUAAUGGAGGGAGAAUUAGUACCUUUUGUCAUAGUUUACUCAAUAUUAUAUAGCUAGUGGAUUUGGAAGUACAGUGAAACUGAAAACUUAGAAUUUGAUGGUUUUCUGGCAUGAGUUCCUUGUAAAGCAGAUUGUUUUUCAGGAUCAACACUUUAAUUUAGGCUAGGCUGGGGUCUUGUGUAGUUUUCCUAUUGCGGAUGUCAACUGCAACUUGCUGUCUUUUGUAUAAUUUGCCCAAACUUGCACGUUUUUUGUAGAUUUAGCGAGUGAUGUUGUGCAAAAGCAGGCUUUUUGUAUUAAAUUUGGGGAUUAAAUGAAAGGUUGGCGUUUGCCCAUAGUUUUGGACGCACGAACCAUCCAUCUACAAUAAAAUCCUUUUACCCUUUCUGCUGGAAAAGGAAAUGGAAUAUUAGAACGAACCUCAAGAACCAACCAUCUGAGAAUUUCUGAUUCUGUUCUUUACAGAGCAUAUUUUCCAGCUAAGUGAAGGGCUUCAUUGAUAAGCCGAAGUACUUUCCUGCCGGAAAAAAAUCCUUCUCAUAAAACAUCAUGCUUAAAGUCCCAGCUCAUCAAGUUGCAGGACACAGAGCUGAUGGUGGGAAACUUGGACCUCUUGUUGAUGAUUCCGGGCGUUUCUACAAGCCACUUCAGGGUGAUGAGCGUGGCGCUAGAGAAGUUGCUUUCUAUACAUCGUUCUCUUCAGACUCUAAAGUUCCUGACCACAUCAGUAGAUUCUUCCCCAAGUUUUAUGGAACUCAGCUUGUUGAGGCAUCCGAUGGGUCUGGAAUGAAACCCCAUCUUGUUCUACAAGAUCUGACUUUCAGUCGAGUCCAUCCAUCAGUAAUGGAUAUUAAGAUUGGUUCAAGAACGUGGGGCCCAGAAGAGUCGGCGGAGCAAAUCCAAAAGUGUUUGAAGAAAGAUACAGAAAGUUCAAGCCUUCCGCUGGGAUUUAGGCUAUCAGGGAUGCAAAUCUUUGGAACCAAAGAAUCCGGAUUCUGGAAGCCGGAGAAGAAGUGGAUGCAGUCCAUUUCAACCGACGAAGUUAGGUUACUUCUUAAAAAGUUUGUUUCUUCCGACACAUCUGCGUCGAGACCAGAUUGUGCUUUUGCAUCAGUCGUGUACGGUGGUUCUAAGGGUAUUUUAUCACAGUUGCUGGAGUUGAAGGCAUGGUUUGAGGACCAAACUAGUUAUCAUUUCUUUGCUUGCUCGAUUCUUAUGAUGUUUGAGAAGGAGCUUGCACUGGACCGGAAGAGCCCUUGCCCGGAAAUCAAACUAGUUGAUUUUGCUCAUGUUUUCGAAGGCAGGGGUGUUAUCGAUCAUAACUUCUUAGGCGGGCUUUGCUCUUUGAUCAAGUUCAUCUCUGAGAUCCUAACCACUCCAGAAGACUCCUCUACUAAUGGUCUGCUAGAAGAUGUCCAUAGAAGCCACGUUUACCCUGAAAACGGUUCAGCUUAAGUUUACAGAAUAUCCUAAGUGCCUCAACAACUUAAAUAGGUUAUCGUUAUUCACACUGUUCUUGUUUCGGUUUUCCCCAUUUUCAAGAAUGUAAUCAUUUCCUCUAGCAUCUUUACAGGGGCCGAAUGCUGUUAGCUCGAUGAUUUUGUUGCCUUCUCAUGUAAUAAAAUCUCUCAUGCUGCUAACUUUUGAAUAUAUGAAGUUUGGCAUGAACUCUUUGGUGUU